GACUGGUUCUGCAUGACACGACUUAAUCCCGGCUCGACAUGUCCGCAGCCACUUGCUCUAAGGGUGAAACUUUCCAGCUAUGGCAGCCGGGAACGUGUAGAGCUCCAUGUGGAACUGGAAAAUCGCAGCCGACGAGCCUUGUCCUUAGCCUUGGGCAGUUUCACUGCUGGCAGCAGUAGCAGCUGUAUCCUGUCAGCUUCCCUGCAGAGUUGUUUGGAUGGCACUUGGAAGUCAGCUUGUGUCCUACAGCCCCGUGGCUAUGCCAAACAACGUGCGGCCAUGUUUCUGCCAGCCUUUCAGGCGGUCAAGAUGCGGAUCUUGGGGAAAGUGGUGAGCCUGGGGCGCUUCGGGGGCCUGGCCCUGCGCGUGGGCGGGGAUGCGCCCAAUGCUGCGGAGGUGCUGCUGCCCCUGACUUCCACGGAAGUGGAGGGGUUGGAGGAGCCAAAUCAGCUGAAGCCACUCCUGCGGUUCACCGUCGGCAAGCCGGUCAAAACAUUACAAGUGGAUCCCAAGCCUGUGUGGAUUGGGCCACAUGAAGCCCGGCAGCCACGCAGAUACAGCACAUUUGAAACGGAAGUUGUGUCGGAGGUGUGUGAACUCGCCAUGUGUGAUGAUUCUGAUGCGAAGCUGGCUCCCAGGAUGCAAACCCGAAGGCUGCAAGCCUUUCAGCGCUCUCUGUCGCCCCAGCUUCCAGUGCCCAGACAUCACGAGGACAUCCAGGAGGACAAGCCGAGCAGUGUCCCUGACCCAAUGAGGUCCACCUUCUCAGGCCUUCGCAGUGCCCGGAUGAAGCUCCGAAGUCGGCCAAACACGGUGCCCGCCAUUGUGGAUAGUGAGGUGCAAGCUGAGCCGCCAUCCGAACUAGCUGAUCCCUCGGGGCUUGGAAACAAGCCACCCAGGUCCCAACGAGGGUCACCAAGGUCAGCAUUGCCCAGCUUGACGGUGAUUCAUCAUGGCACCGCCUGGCGGAACUUGGGCCGCAGCCAAGACGUCCUGGCAGAUCCGGUGCUAUUGGAAUUGGCCGAGGCCGCCUCGGGCGCCCGGAAUGUGUCCAUCGCCUUGACUGGGAGGUGCUUCUUGGGCCGAUUGGGGCAACGUUUCGCAGAUGCCUUGCGGUCCCUGGGCUACAAAGUCAUUUUGGGCAAUGCCUUACUGGUGUCCUGGGUGUCUGCGCAUGAAGAUUCCAACGACAUCGCAGAGUUGGUGCUGGUGGCUCAUUGGAAAUCCCUGCAUAGCUGUAUUGGCAUCCUACAGUCCCAUGUGCUGCGCAAGGCAGUGAUUCUGUGUGACCAUUGUGAUGAAGCGUCCGCCAUGGCUGAGGCAAAAACCUUGCCCUGCUCAUGGCAAGUGGUGAUGAGUGCCACUGACCUGCAGCUGAAGCGCAGGAUGGCGAAGCUUGAGGAUGGCACCGAAGUCUUCUACCAAUGCAUCAGGCCCAAGAACAAGGCGAGCAACGGAUCCAAGGAUCCACCGCGUUUUGAAGAUGCGGCUUGGGCCAAUUGGGGGGAUGGCGGGAAGCAUCGGGAAGCCAAAUGGCAGGCAGUGACGCAUGUUUGCAUCUUCCUACACGGUUAUAUGGCCAGCAGCGACCUGUUCUUGCACUUCCUUGCCGAAUUGGCUCGACGCGGGGCCCUGGUGCUGUGUCCCGAUUUGCCGGGGCAUGGCAGAUCUGACGGUGAGUUGACCUAUGUACCAGACUGGUGGGCUUGGGUCGACACUAUUUGGGAAGCCAUUGACUUCAUGGUUAAGGAGGAGGUCUCGGGAGAGCUCCCAAUCUUUGUCUCCGGUGGCUCCUUGGGCGGUGGACUGUCGGUCUGCUUGUGCUUACAACGGCCCACUUUUUUCCGAGGUGCCGUGCUGAUGUGCCCCAUGCUCACCGUGAGUGACGAUGUGAAGCCUCCUUGGAUCGUUCAGCAAUUCUUCAAACACGUUGUUGCACCACUGAUGCCCUCCUGGCCAAUCACACCUAGCGUAGAGACCUGGCAGCAACAUGUGGAGAACUGUGGAGAAUGUCCGUGCUUGUGCUGCUCAUGUGCUUGGGUGUGCUUGGAUGCCUCAGCAUGGCGCAUUUCCGAUCUUUUCCGUUUGAUUUGGGAGGUGACGACCUUGGACUUUCGCAUCCCGGAACAUGGAAGCCAGGUGAAUGACAGGAACCCUCUGUCCAUGCAAGGCUUAAAGCCGAGGCUGGGCACAGGCCGCGAGUUUGGCUUCACCUAUCCAGAUUGGUUGGAUGGCCACAUGUCCGAGAUGCAGACCCCCUUCAUCAUCCUUCAUGGCAAAGCGGAUAAGGUGACGGACCCAGCAACAUCACAGAAGCUCUAUGAGGAGGCAGUUGCAAAGGACAAGGCCUUGAAGUUGUAUGAUGGUGUGUACCACGCCGAGCUCUUCUGUUGCAUGCCGGGCUCUUUUGAAGGAAUCGAAUGGACCAAUGAGGAGAUGGCUGCCACCCGCAGCUGCUUGGAAGAUGCUGCAGCCUGGAUGAAGCAAAGGAUGGGUGCUUUAACGCAGUCCCGACUUGAACAGAACGGGAGGAAGUUUGAUGACCAGCAUGCUGACCUGUCA